AUGGCCAGUUUCGAAGUGAAUGAGGAUUGCAAAAGGAUGUCCAUUCUUCUAUUUCUUCUCGCCAUUCCUGGUCUUCUAGCGUUUCAGGUCUUAGAUGAACAUUACUGGAACAAGGUUUCUGCAGAAGACUUGACAGAAAGUUUGAAUAUAGAACUUAACAAAAGGGUUGCUAAAAAUGUCAUCCUCUUCAUCGGUGAUGGGAUGGGACCAAAUACUGCCACAGCCGCAAGGAUCUACAAGAAACAUGAAUAUGGAUACCUUUCCUGGGAGAGAUUUAAUCAUGUCGGCGCAUUAAAGACUUAUUCUAAUGACAAGCAAGUCCCUGACUCAGCUUGUUCAGCGACGGCCUUAUUUUCUGGAGUCAAAACUAAUAUUCACACACUAGGUGUACACUCAACCGUGAAGAAAGCUGACUGUGAUAGCAGUAUUCUUAAAGAAAACCAUGUUGUUACUCUCGCAACACUAGCUCAAGACGCUGGGAAAGCAACUGGUAUUGUUACUACAACUCGUGUUACUCAUGCUACACCAGCCGCAAUGUAUGCGCACUCAUCACAUAGAGACUGGGAAUGUGAUACUAGUUUGCCCUACAGUGCUAGCAAGUGCAAAGAUAUUGCAAGACAGCUGGUAGAAGAUGAGCCCGGAAAUAAUUUUAAUGUGGUAAUGGGUGGCGGGAGGCAGCUACUCAUGACAGAUCCUCCUUCGACUCCUGAUGACCCCAUAGCAGAAGGAAUAGGAACCUGUAAAAGGGUGGAUGGUCUCAACCUCAUAGCAGAAUGGACUCGAAGAAUGGAGGAUAAAAGAGUAAGAUUUGCACUGCCCAAAAAUAGAAAGGAGCUAUUAGACUUGGACACAAGCAAGACCGAUUAUGUCUUAGGUAUUUUCUGUAAUGACCACUUUCCGUACUCUUACAAAGUCAAUUAUUCUGACACAUCAGUACCUACUUUAGAAGAAAUGACUACAAAAGCUAUCAAAGUACUCAACAACAAUAAAAAUGGAUUCUUUUUAAUGGUGGAAGGUGGCCUAAUUGACCAAGGCCAUCACAUUGGUAAAGCUCGUAUUGCUGUCAGUGAAACAGUCCACUUCAGCAAAACUAUAAAAAGUACGAUGGAGCUGCUUGAGGCUGCCGGUAUCUUAGACGAAACACUCGUUAUCGUAACCAGUGACCAUUCUCACACUCUCACCAUCAGUGGUUACCCUAACAUAGGAUCUAGCAUUUUUGGUCUGGCUGGCAUAUCUAAAACUGAUAAGUUACCUUUCACCACGCUCAGUUAUGCCAUUGCAGCAAAAGACAAUAUGAAAAUGAGAGUGGUAAAUGGUACCCUUGUAAGAGAAGACCCUUCUAAGGUGGAUACAACCUCAUACGAGUACGGAACUCAAGGUGCAGCGCCAAAUCGAGUGAAUGUUCAUGGAGGAAGUGAUGUGCUUGUAUAUGCAACAGGUCCAAAUGCAUACCUUUUUCAUCGUAUGCAUGAACAGACAUAUGUGGCUGAAGUGAUUAAGUAUGCUUUGCGUAUCGGCAAAUACUCUCCAAAGCCAGUUCCCGCUGAGUACCAUAGCUCAAAAUCUUCAAAAUUGAUGUCGUCAGUUAUAUUGUUAAUUAUGGUGCAAUUAAUUUUUAGUUUAAAAAAAUUAAUGUAAUCUAUCAAAUUGUUAGUACCUGUUCUAUAGGUAUUAUUUUUAUGAAAAAAUUGAAUCCGUUUUAGAUUCAAGAUUAUUUAUUUAUUGAAAUUUAAUGGUCAUUUUAAGUUUUAAUUAUAAAGCUUAAAUUCUGAAUCUUUGUUUUGUAAACUUGUAAGUGUAUUUAUUUAGUAAUAAAUCAUUAAACAGUAUAAGAAUACUAUUUAUGAAUAAAUUAUUAUGAUAUCAAUUUUCAAAUUUUUAUGUCUGAAAUACUGUACCAUUGAGAUAAUUUCACAGAUAUAGUAACUUAUAGUCCAUGACACAAACCCCUUUUAAUCAAAUCAUUAACAUCCGCCUGACACUUCAUAAAUAUCUUCAUCUCAUUGUAACGUACAAAUAUUUUAUUUACAAAAAUUCUCAGAAUUGCGGCAUUUUCAAUCUAGAGGUCGCCAUAUUUUGCCUGUUUAAUUAGGUACAAAAAACUCGUAAAUACCCAUUUGCUUUCCAUUUGAAUUGUAAAAUAACUUGAGCACAAAGUUGGGAAAAAAGGUGGUCUUCAAAAAUAUUGAGCCAUUUGGUGUGAUCUACACCCCCAAAUUGUCAAAGUAACAAAGUUAUAUAAGCCAAAUGGCCCAAUAUUUUUUUGGCCAUCUUUUUUAUAGAUUUUGUGAUAAAAUUAUCUUACAAUCCAAUAGGAAAGCAAUUGGAUAUUUACAAGUUUUUAGUACCUAAUUAAAAAGGCAAAGUUUGCCGAUCUCCAGAUUGAAAACACCUCAAUUCCGGGAAUUUUCGUAAAUAAAAUAUUUGCAGGUUACGAUGAGAUGAAGCUAUUUACAAAGUUUGAGGCGGAAGUUAAUAAUUUGAUAAAAAGGGGUCUGUACCAUGGACUAUUAUUAUAAGUAUUAUGGUAUAAUUUAUAUUUAAUAUAGAUUUAUAUUGUUCACUUUUUAUCAUGAAAGAAUGGUUUUGUAUAUGUAUAUAAUUUACGAAAACAUCCAUAGUGCUUCUUAUAAUUUUUUAUAUUAAACAACCAAUAUAUAUAGAGCUCUAUGUGCUAUAAACUAGGAUAAGUCUAUCCUAGCAUUUAUUGGAGUAAGUAUCAUUUCUGGACUGUAAAACUGAGAAAAAUAAUAUUAUGAAAUUCAUUUGACUCUUAUAAGAAAGAAGAUAGAACUAAAACUGAAAAGAUCAAUGAAUAAUCUAAAGUAAUGAAGAUCUGGUCCUUAAAUAUUAAAGAAUAUAUCAUUUAUAACCAGCAAUAUCCUGUACGCUUAAUAUCAAUAAAUUUUAAUUGUAUUUAAAUAUAAAUAAUUCAAAUUAUGGUUAUUAAAUAUGAUCGUUAUUUUUAUUUAGUUAUUUCAUAGCUAAUCACUGAUUAUAGUUUUGUCAGAGAUUUGAAUCCACUAAAGGCAGAAAAUGAAAGAGAUUAUACCAAAUGAAGGACAACAAUAUGAAAUAAAAAGUAGAUAACUAAGAGAAGAUAAAGAACAAUUCGAGAGCUCUCAAUGAUUUGUUUUUUUGUCAAAAAUUAAAUUAUUUGAAUGGUAAAAAUUAUUUCAUAGUCAUUAGAUUUUAUUUGAUGGUUGAAUUACAUAAAGUUUAUUUUAUUGUAUAAUUUUAAAUUAGUUUCAUGACAAAAUGUGUUUUGUUUUUAUCUUUUAUAAUAUCAAUGAGUAUAUUUUUAUUUUGUUCUUAAAAUAUAUACUAUUUUGACAAUUUCAUUAUGUGUUACAAAUUAUCAUCAUUAAG